AUGAAUCAUUCAAAAGCCAAACAAGAUUCCAGUUUAUAUAAAUGGGUUGUUGUCAUUGGAUGUAUGUACAUACAAGCUGUAUUUGCGGGUAGCAUCAGUGCUUCAACCAUGUUUCUAGUAUUAUUCGCAGAAUAUUUCCAAAAAAGUGUUGGCGAAACAUUCGCAGUAUCAUCACUCCAGUUUUUAGUUCGUACUUUGACAGCCCCCUUUAUUGGUGGUUUAACUAGGCGGUUUGGAUGUCGUCCAAUGGUAAUAGCUGCAGGAAUUAUAUCAACUAUUGCAGUCAUAUUGACCUCCUUUGCAACCAGCUUAGUGUGGGUAUAUAUUACGUAUGGCGUGAUGUUAGGCUUGGCAGUUUCGCUGAUGUAUGGUCCAUCGAUCGUGAUCGUCGGACAGUACUUCACACAGCGACAUGCCUUGGCGAAUGGGAUGGUGUUCACUGGUGUUGCGAUUGGAAUGAUGGCCCUACCACCUUUAUAUCAGAUGUUAAUUGAAACAUAUGGAUGGCGGUCGGCAUUAAUCGUAAUAGCAGGUUUCUACAUGAAUAUCAUUGUUUCUGGAAUGCUGAUGAAACCACUAAAUUCAGAUAACACAGUGGUUCAAGAAGCGGAUUUCAAUCAGGUACAAGAUAACCAAUCAAAUCAUCAUGGAGACACAUUUGAAUCAACGGAUAUCACGGAAGAGUGUAGAGUUACACAAGGUGACAAUAUAACAUACAAUGAAGUAAGAACAGACAUUGCGCAUAACCACGUAGACGAGGUAAAACACGCAGCAGUAAGAUCCACAAAAUCACAGAGAUGCUCAGCACUACGGGAAAACUUCAAUAUUACUUUGUUGCGACAUAAUUCAUGGUUGCAAGUAAUGUGCGUUGCUGGUGUAUUCGUGGGGUUUGGGUAUAAUAUUGGAUUGGUUCAUUUUGUGUCAAAAGCUGUUUCUGAAAAUAUAGAAAAGCUCGACGCUGCAUUCCUAAUAACUAUUAUGGGAAUCACAAGUUUAGUAGGAAGAAGUUUACAUGGAUGGUUUGUCGAUUUAGGAUACUUCUCCCCAGCUGCAGUGUUUGCGAUAUCACUCUCCUCUGCUGGAGCAUGUCUCAUGGGCAUGCCAUUAUCAAAUGGAUCUUAUGCAGUACUUGCCGCUGUAGCUGCUUGCUUUGUAUUUAGCAUUGGAGUUUGUAUGCCAAUGUACGCUGUUACUCUGAAAGCUUGUGUAGGUGUUGAGCAUCUACCAAAUGCAAUUGGCUGGUAUUUACUAUUUAGUGGUAUUGGCUCUAUGCUUGGUGCACCUGUGGCAGGGCGGCUUUAUGACUUAACGUCCAACUACAAUGUGUCUUUCAUAAUGGCCAGCUCAUCCAUCAUUCUUGCGGGAUGCAUUGUGUUUGUAAAGCUGGGUUGCCAGAAAUGGGAGUCAAAGAAAAAUUCUGAACAGGAAACGAAUGUCAGUUCCAGUUUCAGAAUACCAAUGCGGGACAGAGAUUAUUCAUAG